UGACGUUGCAACAAAUCUCCCACUGUCACUCGGAGAUGGAAAGGUCAGGGCCUACCAGAACGGCAUUAACAUCAUCGUGGUAACAGACUUUGGCUUGAUGGUGACCUACGACACCGUUGCUGGCGCCAUCAUACAGCUUCCAUCCACUUACAAAGGUGUUACCGGUGGUCUCUGUGGCAACUAUAAUGACAAGAAGGAAGAUGACUUCCUGCUGCCCAGUGGGCUGCAGGAGCCGUCUGUGGAGAAGUUUGCAGCGGGGUGGUUAGUGCUUCAGGAAGGGGUCAAAUGUCAGACAGGAUGUGACGGUGGCUUGAAGUGUCCUCCCACCAGUGGACCCCCGCCGGCUUGUAGCAUCAUAAAGUCAACCAAGGGUCCAUUUGCCCAAUGCCAUGCUGUUGUGCCACCACAAGAGCACUUUGAGGAGUGCAUGAAGGAGGGAGAGGGUGGGGAUGCCCUGUGCCGCCACUUACAGACAUAUGUGACUUUCUGUCAGGCAUCCGGUGGCCUUGUCAGCAGCUGGAGAUCUGACCAGUUUUGUCCUCUGACGUGUCCAGCUAACAGUCACUAUGAGUUGUGUGCCGACACCUGUUCUUCCACCUGUGGCUCUCUGAGUGAGUCUCCCAAAUGCCCACUAUGCCAGGAGGGCUGCCAGUGUGACGAUGGAUUUGUGUUUGAUGGUGGCAAGUGUGUUUUACUGGAGAACUGUGGCUGUGUGGUUGAUGGACACUAUUACAAGUCUGGCCAGUCUGUGAUGCUGGAUAACUGUUCUGAGACCUGCAGCUGUGCAGCAGGAGUAUUCACCUGCAAGAACUCACAGUGCAAAGAGGGUCAGAAAUGUGGGUUGAAGAAUGGAGUCAUGGACUGCUACAGCACAGACCCCUGUGAGGGUACUGAGUGCCGUGAGAAAGAAAACUGUGUGGUGAUGAACAAUAAGGCGGUAUGUGUGGCCCAGUCCAAGGCCACCUGCUGGUUGUUCGGUGACCCUCACUACAGCACGUUCGACGGCCAGCCCUUCUCCUUCAUGGGCACCUGCUCCUACAUUCUGGUGAAAUCUACGGGCAAAGAUCCCUCCCUGCCUCAGUUCAGCAUCCAGACCAAGAACGAGCUGCGCGUCAACUCCAAAGGCUCCUUCCUCAAAUCAGCCAACAUAGACCUGAGUGGUCACAGGAUCACCAUUCUCAGUGGCCAAAGAGGGACAGUGGAGAUUGAUGGCAUUAGGUCUGACCUCCCUGUGAGUUUGGAGUCUGGCAGCAUCAGAAUCACAGAGUCUGGUAUCCAAGGGACCAUCCAGACAGAUAUCGGCCUGAAGAUCACUUUUGACUGGACCGCCUUCUUCAUGGUGACCAUCAGCAGCAGUUACUACGACAACCUCGGUGGCAUCUGUGGCAACUACAAUGGUAACAAAGCAGAUGACUUCACCACUCCCACAGGUGUGCUUUCGGCAAAUACCACGGCGUGGGUGGCAUCCUGGAGUGUUGCCGACAGUGACCCAUUCUGCUGGCACGUCUGUAACAGCAACUGCCCCACGUGCUCAGAUGCAGACCGGGCACUUUACACUGGACCACAGUACUGUGGUUUGAUGACAGACGGAGGGGGCCCAUUUGAACAGUGUCAUAAGAAAGUGCCGGUGAAGGAGUUUGCCUCAAACUGCCUCUAUGAUGUGUGUCUGAAUGAGGGUCGACAGGAGGUGUUGUGUGAGGCCUUGGCUAACUACAUUUCCAAAUGUCAGCAGGCUGGGGCUGUAGUCUCACCACUGUGGAGAAAGGCCUCCAACUGCCGUUAGUACUCAGCUAUUACAAAACAUCACAUUUAGGAACUCAAACAUUCUUAAAUGUGUAUAAUGACAUGAUAGAACCACGUGUGCAUUUGCAAAAUGUAUUAGGACUAUAUUUGUGAUGUUUGUUUUUUCUCAACUCGAACAGCCCUGGCUUGCCCAUACCACAGCCACUAUGAGCUAUGUGGCACUGCCUGCCCUGCUACCUGUGCCGAUCCCAAUGUCCCAGAGAUCUGUUUCAAAGUCUGUGUGGAGGGCUGCCUCUGCGACAAGGGUUACGUGCUUAGUGGUGAACACUGUGUCGUCAAGGAGUCAGGGUGUGGCUGAAUAAAAAACUCCUGAACAAAUAUGUAAAACCUGUACAUAUCAAGUUUGGAGGCUUCAUUUUCAAAUAAACUCUCAUGGCUCCAAAAUAUCCUUUAAAAAUAAAAAUGUUCCUUUCAUGUCCUGGUUGUAGGCUAGAGCAUUUCGACAUAAAAUCGUAAAAGUACCUUAAAAUUACCUUCUGUAUGUGAUAACAUAUUCCAAUCUAUAUAAUAUUGUGAGGGAUUAUUACUAUUCAUGCAUGGAAUUUUUAUUGAACUCUAUAUUCAUUACAAUUCAAAUAUAAUCCCAGAGUUGUGUAUUACUAAAACUCAGAUCAUCUCUGUAUGUGUGUAUCUCUGUCUAUCCUUUACAACUUUCAAAAGCCUAAUAAUAAACAUAU